AUGGAACUGUUCAUUCAUACGAAAGAUGAUAACAUUGAUGAUAACUGCGACGACAGUAAGAACAGCUACGACGACAGCAACUGCGAUGACAACGACGACGACUAUGAUGGUGACAGCAACAACAGCUACGACGGCGACAGCAACAACUACGAUGACAACGACUACGACGACGACAGCAACAACAUCUACGACGACGACAACGACUACGAUGAUAACUACGACGACGAAGGCAGCAGCAACAGCUACGGCGACGACGACUACUACGAACACAAUAACAGCUAUGACGAUGACCGCAAGAAAAACAACUACGAUGACAACGACGGCUACGACGACAACUACGAUGAUGACGACAGCAACAACAGCUACGACGUCGACGACUAUGGCAACUACAACCCCGAUGACAACGACGAUGACAGCAGCAAAAACAGCUUCAACGACGAUGGCUACCACGACAACAACAACAGCUACGACGAUGACAGCAAGAACUACGAUGACAACGAUGCCGAUAAGAAUAACUUCGACGACGACGAUAACAGCAACAACUGCAACAACAACAAGAUGACGACGACGACGACGACGACGACGACGACAACAACAACAACAACAGCAACAACAACCGUCUCUUCGUAUUACGCUUAAACAUGACCGCUACCUGCACGGGUCGGCACAGGCGCGGUGAGGAUUAUUAAAUUAUCCGCGGGUGAAAGAAGAUGAAGAAAGCACGGCAAGAGAGGAAAAUUUCGAUUCUGUAUCGACAAGAAAGUAUCCUACAGAGGUCACAGCCCUGUACUAUGUGAUCUUAACGACCCGGACAGAGGAAAGGACUUCGUCAUCAAGGGACCUGGAGCGGAUCGAGGCCAAGCGAACGACUAAAUGUGGUUUGUUCACGUGGCUCUAGAACGAGGCAA